CCAAUCUGUGUUUACUUCGGCGAGCCUCUGGGACUAUCCGCCUCAAACACAAAUGCAGGUCGCAGUCCUCUGCUUCACCCCUCCGCGAUAACCUGUAUCGACACGCUUUCUUCAGGUCGAAAUCUGAGAGCCACACAUUCCGCGGACAAUCCGACUGUUAUCCGCAGCUUUUACCUCCCCGUCCUACACAGCCCUUGCAUGCGCAAGAGCACGAGACCAUUUCGCGAGUCUUGUCCGCAGCUGCCCGCCGACCGCUAACGUUUGUACCGCGUGGUACUCCCUUACCGUCCCUUGUCACGUCUCUCGAGCGAGAAAAAUUCGACCAACGAAGUCUUCUCUAUUGAUCGCGUCUCCCAGCACAGUAACAUGGCGGAUAUUGACAUGUCGCGGCGCAACAAGAAGCCGAGAUUGUUGCUCGAGUCUGAGAGAGCGCGACUGGAGGAAUUCAUUGACAGUAUCGGAUAUUCCGCGAGAUACUCUGACAGCGAAUUCGAAUACCGGCAUGUGCAACUCCCAAAAGCCAUGUUGAAGGUCAUCCCAAGAGACUACUUCGACGACUCCAAGGGGACUUUGAAAUUGCUAUGGGAAGAAGAAUGGAGGGGGUUGGGGAUCACACAGAGCCUAGGAUGGGAGCACUAUGAAGUCCACGAGCCGGAACCACAUAUCCUGCUAUUCAAACGACCGAUUGGAUACCAGCCUCCUGCUCAUUGAUCUUGACACAAUCUCAUCCGAAUCAACUUCUCCGACUAGCGCAGCAUUGGGAGGGCGUUUUCUCCGGAACCAAAGGAACCGUGUUCAAAUGUGCAUUCAGCGGGCGUGCUUACUACCAGUUUGUGUAUGUCUUGAUGAAUGGAUCCCACGAUGGCCAAAGAAUUUAGGCACAAAGAUGUUGGUGGUCAGUCAGGUUUAGCAUAGCCUCAUCAGCUCAACCACCGACCCAGUUCAAACCCAUGAAAGAAUGGAUGGUGUACUUGCACGCUACUCAUUGUCGUCUGCAAGCGUCUUUUGGUCUCCAUGUCACAGUCCCGUCGACUCGUUGCUGGUCUGGC